UUAGAGAUUCUUAAAUCAUAUCUAUGGUAGGGUUAGAUCAUAAAAGCUUUCCAUCUCUGUUAAUGGUUUUCCAUACGCUUAAUCUUACAGUCAUUUCAUAAACCAUGUCCAUCUCUUCGUCUUCUUCUUCUUCUUCUUGGUUCAUCCAAAUCACUUUCUUCAUAAUUUCAUUCCUAACCUUAACGUUGGCACAAUCAAGCCUCUGCAGAACGUCAUGCGGCAAAAUCCCAAUCAACUACCCAUUCGGCAUUGACGACGGCUGCGGAAGCCCAUUCUACCGAUACAUCCUGGCCUGCUCCGCCGGCCAACUCGAGCUCCGAACGCCGUCCGGCAAAUACCCAGUUCGCAGCAUCAGCUACUCCGAACCCCACAUUAUCGUCUCCGACCCCUUCAUGUGGAACUGCCUCGACGGCGACCACUUCCGGCCUACGAGGCCCUUCAGCCUCGACACCAGCACCCACUUCUCCCUCUCCUCCCAGAACGACUACCUCUUCUUCAACUGCAGCGAAGAUCGCGUCAUUGUGAAGCCCAAGCCCAUGUUCUGCGAGCGCUUCCCAGAGCGGUGCGAGUCCUCGUGCGACAGCGCCAGUUAUCUCUGCCGGCAGCUGCCGGAAUGUCAGUCGGCGUUGGGCGGGGGCUCUUGCUGCUCUUACUACCCGAAGUCAACUGAAUCGCUGAUGCUGAUGCUGAAGUAUUGCGCGAGUUAUACGAGUGUUUACUGGAAGAAUAUUGGAGAUAACCCGCCGUAUGAUCAGGUUCCUGAGUAUGGAAUUAGGGUUGAUUUUGAUAUUCCGGUGACGACUCGUUGCCUUCAGUGUCAAGACGCCACGAAGGGAGCCGGAAGAUGUGGGUUUGAUACACGAACACAAGAGUUCUUGUGCCUCUGUGAUCAAGGGAAUGCCACCACUUACUGCAAUGAUCCAUCUUGGCAUAGGAAGAAGCUCACAGGACUUGUUGCAGGAACUGCAACUGCAGUUUCAGUAGCUGGAGCUGUGGGAAUAGGAGCAGGCAUAUGGUAUUUCAGAAAGCUGAAGGCGAAGGCACCUGUAGCGCAUGGGGUCCAGACCAACGAGAAUAGGCUCUUCUGAGGUCGGAAUAAACAAAGAUAAUUACACUUACGCAAACGCACACAUCUCUCCUUUAUUGAUUUUCUCAUAUAUUCUUCUUGUCUACCUUACUUUAUAUAUAUAUAUAUAUAUUGUUGAAUAUGUACAAGAUUUUGGAGAUAAAUUCAAAAGAAUCCACACAUUCUUGUGUUGAAAGAAAAGGAUAAAGCGAGUACCCAUAAAC